CAUCAGUAAGCAAAUCCCCAGGCAGAGCUGCAGCUCCCAGCUCGGGCCACUGCAGCUCCCUGAAAUCUGUCUCACCUUCCUGGCUGUUUUCUUGCAGUUCCGUGAAGAGCCCAAGCCUGGAGACCUGAUUGAGAUUUUACACAUCGGCUACUCGCACUGGGCCCUCUAUGAGGGCAAUGGUUAUGUGAUCCACCUGGCUCCCCCAGGGAAGAACUCUGAGGCUGGUGCCCCCACCGGCUUAGGGGAGGUGAAAAGGCAGCUCCUGGUGGAAGUGGUGGGAAACUGCUCCUAUAAGGUCAACAACCACUUGGACCACCUGUACAAACCACGGCCCAUAGAGGAGAUGCUCAGAUCUGGGAAGGAGAUGGUUGGUAAGGAGAUGGAGUACAGUGCUCUGAGCAGGAACUGUGAGCGCUUUGUCACGGAUCUGAGGUACGGCAAGGCCCGCAGCCGGAAGUUUCAUGCAGAGCCCAAGCCUGGAGACCUGAUUGAGAUUUCCCGCAUUGGCUCCUCGCACUGGGCCCUCUAUGUGGGCGAUGGUUAUGUGAUCCACCUGGCUCCCCCAGGGGAGAACUCUGAGGCUGGCGCCCCCACCGGCUUAGGGGAGGUGAAAAGGCAACUCCUGGUGGAGGUUUUAGAAAACUGCUCCUUUAAGGUCAACAACCACUUGGACCACCUGUACAAACCACGGCCCGUACAUGAGAUGCUCAGAUCUGCGAAGGAGAUGGUUGGUAAGGAGAUGGAGUACAGUGUUCUGAGAAGGAACUGUGAGCACUUUGUCACCGAUCUGAGAUAUGGCAAGGCCUGCAGUCGGAAGAUUCGUGCAGAGCCCAAGCCUGGAGACCUGAUUGAGAUUUCCCGCAUCGGCUCCUCGCACUGGGCCCUCUAUGAGGGCAAUGGUUAUGUGAUCCACCUGGCUCCCCCAGGGGAGAACUCUGAGGCUGGCGCCCCCACCGGCUUAGGGGAGGUGAAAAGGCAGCUCCUGGUGGAAGUGGUAGGCAACUGCUUCUAUAAGGUCAACAACCACUUGGACCACCUGUACAAACCACGGCCCAUAAAGGAGAUGCUCAGAUCUGGGAAGGAGAUGGUUGGCAAGGAGAUGGAGUACAGUGAUCUGAGCAGGAACUGUGAGCGCUUGGUCAUCAAUAUGAGAUACGGGAAGUCCCGCAGCCGGCAGUUUCGUGAAGAGCCCAAGCCUGGAGACCUGAUUGAGAUUUCCCGCAUCGGCUCCUCGCACUGGGUCCUCUAUAUGGGCGAGGGUGAUGUGAUCCACCUGGCUCCCCCAGGGGAGAACUCUGAGGCUGGCGCCCCCACUGGCUUAGGGGUGGUGAGAUGGCAGCUCCUGGUGGAAGUGGUGGGAAACUGCUCCUUUAAGGUCAACAACUACUUGGACCACCUGUACAAACCAUGGCCCAUAAAGAAGAUCGUCGAAUUUGGGAACUGGUUGGUUGGUAAGAACAUGAAGCACCCGGUUCUGAGCAGGAACUGUGAGCACUUUGUCACGGAUCUGAGAUACGGCAAUGCCCAUGACCUGCAGUUGGUUGAAGAUCCCAGGCCUGGAGACAUGAUUGAGAUCUCUCACAGGCUCUACCGUGACUGGGCGCUCUAUGUGGGCGAUGGUUAUGUGAUCCAUCUGACUGCUCCAGGUGAAUCGUGCAGUAUUGGGCCCUUCAACAUGCCUAUGUUUCUGAGUGGCAGGGCUGAGGUCACAAAAGAGCCCCUGCAGAAGGCGGCUGCCGGCUGUUCCUACAAGGUCAACAAUCACUUGGACCAUAAGUACAGACCCCGGCCUGUGCAUGAGAUCAUCACUUCUGCCAAGGAGAUGAUUGGUAACCCGAAGACCUACUUAGUUCUUCGUGAAAAUAGCGAACGCUUUGUCGCUGAUCUGAGAUAUGGCUUGCUCCGCCGUGAGUUGUCAAGCGAGGACCCAAUACCUGGAGACCUGAUUCAAAUUGGAGAUGUUUACAAGCACUGGGCUAUCUAUGUGGGAGACGGUUUUGUGAUUCAUGUGAAAUCAGGUAAAGAUGGAUUACUUGUUUAA